UAUGACUCCAGCCGUUGCUAGACGUGCUGUAGAGUUACGUAUUGCCUUUUAAUGCGCUUCACGGCACGUUUGCGGCUUCUUUAACUGGAAGUGGUGUUCGGGAUAUAUAGCAAAUGUUGCCUGAACUUGAUUCAGGACACAGGAUUUUGAUUGGCAUCUGAUAGAUAAAGAGCCUGGAGCACCAUGAACGUCCCCCCUCCGAGACGGACUGCAAGAUCAUCAUCCCCUGGCCAUCCACACCCUGCAUUCAAAAUACUGAACAGCACUCAAGUGAUGCCUGCGAGAGACAUACAUCUAGACUGGAAACCCCCGACCGUGGUAAAAGAGCAGAGCGAGGCAUUCAGAUCGACUGCACAAACAUCCACGAUGUUGUCCGCAUUCUUUACGCUCCUGUCAGGUGUGCUCUUCGCCGCCGCAACAUGUAGCGGCCGAGUGCCCACCACCGAAUCCUCCCGCGUCCUCUUGUGGUUUCGGAUCACCUCGUACGCCGCAAUGAUGCUCAAUGUGUUCGGCUCCGUUGCCUCGCUAUGCAUCGUCGAUUUCAUUGGGGAUCUCACCCUCAAUUCUUCUUGUCGACAGCCCCCGACGCUGGGGAUUCUCCCAGCCUCCACUCGCCCAGUUCAACUGCUUAGGAGGUACGGUGCUCCGCAAAACUUCCCGAUCGUCUUUGCUCAAUGGGUGAUCUACCUCCUACUCGGCAUUGUAUUCAUGCUUGCGCAGCUUAUAUUCCUUGUGUGGAUUAUCGAGGGGCUGACAGCGGUUUCCAUUGUACUCACUUGCAUUUGUUCCACAGCUGGGCUAUCUCUCUUUCUCUCAACUGUCAUCGGGGGGAAAUCGGAUUGAUACAUCGCGAUCCCUCGAAAUGAAAUCAAUAUUCGCUAGUCGACCACAUUACCCACUGUUUCGUUCGCUUCGUUUCUGCGACACUCUUGGAUCCUGUUGUAAUUUCUAGCCUUUCAUCUCAAACAUAAACAAGGACUCUUAUGAGUGGAUACUAUGGAGAUCCUGUCAUUUACAUUCAUGUCUAAUAGCCAGUUCUCAUUCAACUUGAGAAACGACGCAGGUGUUGCGUUGUGA